CCAAUUUAAUAGCUGUUCUUGUUUUUCGAUUUGGGUUUCUUUGGCUUGUGUGUGUGUAUGUUACAAUAUAAAAAUUGUGAAGAAAUUAGUAUUUAUUAGAUUUUUACUUGAAUAAUCACAUUAGAACGCAAUUGUUCAAUUUCUUAGGAAAUGCCUAAGUGUGCUAUUGCUUCCUGUCCUUACACAAUAAUACUUCCAUCAGAUUCAGUCAACUUUUAUAGGUUUCCUUUGGGGGAUAGAGAUUCGUUGGAAAAAUGGAUAACUGGUUUGAAGAUAUCCGAACUCGAUCCGCCUUUGUCAAAUUUUGUGUGUGACUUGCAUUUUGAAAGCUCUUGCUACGAGAAAGGAAAACUGAAGAUCAAUUCUAUUCCGACCCUGAUUAAUGAAGCUAAUCAGAAGGUCAAUAAUACUCAUCAUACGGAUCAUAACUUUAAGGGCUUAGCAUCAGUAUUCGAACAAAGAUGGGGAGGAUUUUUAUGUCGAGUAUGCGGAGAUCUGCUGUCUGAGGAUGAUAUGUAUUUGUUAUUUGAUGGUGAUGUAAUGGAGAAAUUGAGAUGCUGCUUACCUUUUUUAAUGAUUACAAAUCAUGAUGACCUGCCGUCUCAUAUAUGUGGCACAUGUAUGGAUCAGAUUGAUGCUCUUUUCAAAUUCAGAGCUCUUACUACAGUCACUGAUCAACUUUUUUCUCACAUCAACAACAUUAUGGUGAGCCAUCUAUACUUUUAUAACUAUUGCUUCAUAUUUUGUUUUAUUAACUUCUACAAUACUCAUAUACAAUCAUUGAAGAGCUGAUUUCAUAUUCUACCA